CGUAGUUGUUUGAAAAUGUUGUUUCGAUGCUGUGUAGGAAAUGACAAAUCGAAAUUUCGGACGUCCAUGUUUGACGCUGUUCAUAGAUGAUGCCAUAAGAAGAAGCCAUGUCGACUCCAGAAGCAGCCUCUCCCGCUCCCUCCACGCCGUCUGAUCCUCCCGCUGUCUCCCCGGCGGUCGCGGCAGUCCGUCGGCGAUGGCGGCGGCCCAAACGCCGCGAGCGGAACGUGGCCGGUGCAGCCUUCAGCGUCGUCGUCAUCGCUGCUCUCAGCACCGCCCUGGCGGAGCCCCGGUGGUUCCACGUCCAUGGCGGGAAGUGCCAACACACCAACGAGUACAUCGGCAUCAACCUGUUCCUCAGAGACAGCACCGUCCAGCCUCUACUGGACGCCUACUGCGUCACCGCGCACGCCGUUCUCAUACUCCGGGUCGUCUUCACGCUCUGCCUGGUUGCCAUGGUUACCAGCAUCGCUGCCUUCAUAAUAGACAUCCUGGGCUCGAUGAGGAAGUCCUGGAGGAUUCUCAGACGUAACGGAGUGGCGAACAUCCUGACCGUUCUGCUGUGCGUGACGGCGAACGGUUUGUGUUACUGGGCCUCCACCAUGAUGUACGCGCUCCAGCACAGCCACCGCAUCUACACGGGAAGCAAGGUGUACGUCACGUUCGAUGUUGGGUACUACCUGGUGGCCGGCGCGGGCAGCGCGGCCGUCCUGGCGGUGGCGUGCGGACUCCUGCGCAGAUACCCUCCGGAAGACGACGACCAAUCAGACGGACUGAUGCUGAUGGAUAACGAUGAACUAGAUUUCUGGCGGGGAGUGGAAUACGCAGCCAUGAUGGAGCGACAGCAGGCUCCACCUCCUGCAUACGCUCCUUGAGACGGAUCAGUGUUUUUGACUUAAUAACGUCUAUUCCAAAGACUAAGUAUGGCCUAAGAAAAAAAGGUUGUGUUUCCUGUUUCCCGACCAACCCUAGAAAAAACU